UAAUUAAAAUCUUUCUCUCCGUUUGUUUCUCUCUCCGUUCGUUUGUUUCUCUCUCCUCAUAGCAUCUCUAGCAGAGAAAAAGGAAAACGAAGAGAGAGAGUGCCAUGGUUUCAACGAGGCGAAGUGGAUCUCUCUCCGGAAACAACAGCAAGCGAUCGUCGUCUUCCGAGGACAAGCCCCCGUCGCCGAAACGACAGAAGGCGGAUAAUGGAAGUGCUUCGGACAAAGCGACUCCCGGGGUGGAGAACUCGAAGGAGCUGUGUACGCCUCCGCCGGCGGCGGCUGCCGAUCCCGGAGAAUGUGGUCCCGACGAUUCUCCGCCCGCCGGAGACGGCGUGACUUCUGGAAAGACCGAGGCUACUGCGCCAGAUGUGGCGGUGGCCGCGCCGAUCGCGGAAGGGUCUUCACCGGUGGUGGAAAAGCAGCGGAGGAGUUCACUCUCUUCCUGGAGUUUCUAUCAGAAGCAGAGUCCGAGUUUGGAUACGCCUUGGUGCAAGCUUUUGUCACAGUCUGCACUGAAUGUAAAUAUUUCUAUUAGCGCAAUGACUUUCACAAUUGGUGCAAACAGACAGUGCAAUUUUGCUCUGAAGGAUCACACCAUUAGUGGGGUUCUGUGCAAGAUCAAGCGCACGCAGCGCGAGGGCGGUGCUGUAGCAAUUCUUGAAAGUACGGGAAGCAAGGGAUCAGUGCAAGUAAAUGGGACAAAUGUCAAGAAAGGCAACAGUUGCGCGCUUAACCCUGGUGAUGAAGUUGUCUUUGGUUCGGUGGGCAACCAUGCUUAUAUUUUUCAGCUACUGCUGACUGAGGCUGCAGUUAAGGGUGCAGAGGUUCAAGGCAGUAUUGGAAAAUUUUUGCAUCUUGAAAGGAGGGCAGGAGAUCCUUCAGCUGUGGCUGGGGCUUCCAUACUGGCUUCUCUUAGCGCGAGGGCAGAACAAUCGCGAUGGAAGUCCGCAGCUCAGACCACCAGUAAAGUUCACCCCGGUGCUGAGGUACCAGCUCAGUCUGUCAUUGAAGAUGGUACAGAAGUUGAGCUUGAUGGCCUAGAAAGCAGCUCAACUCCAGACAGAGUGACUGACAAAGCUGAAGAUAUCAGAGCAAUAGACAAGAUUCUUACUCCAGACUGCAACCCCGAUUCUAGCAUAGAGGCAGGCAAUGUAAAACUCUCUGGGAUGAAUGAUUUGCUAAGGCCUUUAUUGAGGAUGUUAGCUCGAUCACCUAGUUAUAAACUAAAAUUGAGCAAAGGUAUCUGUAAACAGGUAUUGGAAGAAAGAAACGAGUGGACGAGGGAUUCGCAAUCAGCAUCAACGUCAGGCAUGUCUCUUCGGUGUGUUGCAUUUAAAGAAGGCCUUCAUGCAGGAAUUCUUGAUGGCAAAAGCAUAGAUGUCUCCUUUGAUAACUUCCCAUACUAUUUGAGUGGUUGUGAUACGAAGAAAGUCUUGAUUGCAGCCUCAUUUAUACACUUGAAACAUAAAGAGCAUGUGAAGUAUACUUCAGAGCUUACAGCUGUGAACCCUCGCAUUUUGCUCUCUGGUCCUUCAGGGUCUGAGAUAUAUCAGGAGAUGUUGGCAAAGGCUCUUGCGCAGUAUUUUGGGGCUAAGUUGCUCAUAUUUGAUAGCCACUCUUUUUUGGGUGGUUUAUCAUCAAAGGAAGCUGAGCUGAUCAAGGAUGGAUUGAAUGCAGAAAAACUCUGCAGCUUGACCAAACAAAGUCCUGCACUGCCAGACUUGGCUAAGAACAAUGAUCUGUCAGCUUCUGAAACAGAGGCACCAGGAUCAUCAAAUGCACCUUUGAAUGACAUGGAAUCCCAACCAAAGAUGGAGACUGACACCCUCCCCUCUUCCUCAGGGACAUCGAAGAAUUACUUGUUUAAAAUAGGUGACAGAGUAAGAUUUAGUGCUUCAUCUUCUGUUGCCUUGUAUACUACAUCAUCUUCUUCACGGGGCCCAGUGAGCGGAAUGCGCGGAGAGGUUGUGCUGCUUUUUGAGGAAAAUCCUUUUUCAAAAGUCGGUGUAAAGUUUGAUAAACCAAUACCUGAUGGUGUUGAUCUGGGGGGUCUAUGUAAAGGCAAUGGGUACUUCUGCAAUGUCUCUGAUCUUCGAUUGGAAACCCCGGGCACAGAAGAUUUGGACAAAUUACUUAUCAACACAUUGUUUGAGGUGGCAUAUCUUCCAUCAUAUGUGCUUAAAAUUGAAUGCUUAUUUUGCUGCUUCUUUGAACAUCACCCAUUCUUUCAGUCGCACCCUGGCGGUUUGCUUUUCACAAAGUUUGGCAGCAAUCAAACUGCUCUUCUUGACUUGGCUUUCCCGGAUAGUUUUGGAAGACUACAUGAGAGAGGGAAAGAAGUUCCCAAGGCGACAAAACUUCUGACUAAACUCUUUCCCAAUAAAGUUACCAUUCAUAUGCCGCAGGAUGAAGUACUUCUUACCUCGUGGAAGCAACAAUUGGAUCGAGACGUUGAAACCCUAAAAAUGAAGGGAAACUUGAAUCACUUGCGUACUGUUCUGGGUCGAUGUGGACUGGAAUGUGAAGGACUUGGGACACUAUGCAUCAAGGAUCAAACACUUACAAACGAAAGUUCAGACAAGAUAGUUGGAUGGGCUUUAAACCAUCAUUUAAUGCAGAAUCCUGAAGCUGAUCCAGAAACAAAAGUUGUUCUGUCUGCGGAGAGCAUCCAGUACGGACUUGAAAUUUUACAGGCUCUCCAGAAUGAAACGAAGAGUUUGAAGUCACUUAAGGAUGUUGUUACGGAAAAUGAAUUUGAGAAAAGGCUUUUAGCUGAUGUUAUUCCACCUAGUGACAUUGGAGUUACAUUUGAUGAUAUUGGCGCCCUUGAGAAUGUGAAGGAUACAUUGAAGGAGUUGGUGAUGCUUCCCUUACAAAGGCCAGAGCUUUUCUGCAAGGGGCAAUUGACCAAGCCUUGCAAGGGUAUCCUUUUAUUUGGUCCCCCUGGAACAGGCAAGACAAUGCUUGCAAAGGCUGUGGCUACGGAAGCUGGUGCAAACUUUAUCAAUAUAUCCAUGUCGAGCAUCACAUCAAAGUGGUUUGGUGAGGGUGAGAAAUAUGUGAAAGCUGUUUUUUCGCUGGCCAGUAAAAUUGCGCCUAGUGUUGUGUUCGUAGAUGAAGUGGACAGUAUGUUGGGCCGACGGGAAAAUCCAGGUGAGCAUGAGGCAAUGCGUAAGAUGAAGAAUGAAUUCAUGGUAAAUUGGGAUGGUUUACGAACAAAAGAAGCAGAGCGAGUUCUUGUACUGGCAGCCACUAAUAGGCCUUUUGACCUUGAUGAGGCUGUCAUUCGAAGACUGCCGCGCAGGUUGAUGGUAAAUUUGCCAGAUGCUCCAAAUAGGGCAAAAAUAUUGAAAGUCAUACUGGCAAAAGAGGACUUGUCUCCCACUGUUGAUUUUGAUGCGAUUGUGACGGAUGGGUAUUCAGGAAGUGACCUCAAGAAUCUUUGUGUAACUGCCGCACAUCGUCCAAUUAAAGAGAUUUUGGAGAAGGAAAAAAAGGAGCAUGCUGUAGCCGUAGCGGAAGGUAAACCCGUUCCAGCUUUGAGUGGCAGUGCUGAUAUACGGCCUCUGAACAUGGAUGACUUCAAAGAUGCUCACGAACGGGUAUGCGCUAGUGUUUCAUCGGAAUCCGUGAACAUGACCGAGCUUUUACAAUGGAACGAACUCUAUGGCGAAGGGGGCUCAAGAAGAAAGAAGGCCCUUAGCUACUUCAUGUGAAGGCAUGUGCUGUAGAAAAAGGGUUUUUCUCCUUUUCCUUAUCAAAUUUUUUAUUUUCUUUUACAAUUUUCCCUCCCAUAAAUUUCUGCAGUUCUCGUAGAGCCCGAAGUAAAUUUUUGCCUCCAUCUUAGUUAGGGCUGUGUGGAGAAUCAUCUUGUCUGUAAAAUGAGAUUCAGUUUAUCAAGCUGCUUUUCUUGCCCCUUUAGUUCGACGGUGGCGGGCACAAGGGAAGCAAAAGCCUUCUAAAGAGAAGCGGCUUUGGCUUCACCACUUGUGUUUUGUUCCCCAUCCUCUUGCUGUCGGCGUUGAGAAUGUGUCUGUUAAUUCCAGUUCAAAAACGGAAUGACCGUAUGUGCAUAUAGUCAUUUUUUGUUGCGCUCGUCGGAAUUGAACGAUAAGCAGUUAGUAACCAUUGACAUUUUCUGUAACCAUUGUUUUUUUUUU